AUGAGGACAUUAGCCAAUUGCUACGAUCGAUGCACGACUAGGAUACAGCUUUUCCACCGCCUUCUCACGAUACCCAUUGGAAAGGGGGUACGACAAGGCGAUAUUAUAUCGCCGAAACUGUUCACGGCUGCAUUGCUAUGGAUAAUGAAAUCACUAUCCUGGGAAGAAAGGGGCAUACGUGUUGAUGGAAGAUUUCAUUCGAACCUUCGUUUCGCGGACAACAUCGUUCUCUUUUCGAGCAGUACCAAUGAAGCAGAAACGAUGCUCAACGAAUUGAACGAAGCAGGGAAGAGAAUAGGACUACGAAUAAACAGAAAGAAGGCACAGUUCAUGAAGAACGCCUACUGCGAGGACGGAGGAGUACAACUUGAAGGCUCUCAAAUCGUGGAAACUUCGUCACCUCGGACGUUCUAUGAUCAUAGAAAACGACUUGAAGGAAGAACUGAAUAG